AUGUGGCAGACUGGGCCCUGGAGCUCACUGCAGCUGUGCAGCGUCACGAGAGGACCCUACCAUAUUGCUGGUCUGGGACCAGAUCAAAAGCCAAAUCACUUUCACACCAUCGUCAAGUCAAAAAAUAAUACUCUAGAUGAAUAUUUUGAAUAUGAUGCAGAGGAGUUCUUGGUCUCUUUGGCCUUGUUAAUAACAGAAGGACGAACACCUGAAUGUUCUGUAAAAGGUCGCACAGAAAGUUUCCAUUGCCCUCCAGCACAGUCCUGUUACCCAGUAACUUCCAAACAUGAAUGUAGUGACAAGCUGGCUCAGUGUCGCCAAGCCAGAAGAACUAGGUCUGAGGUCUUACUGUUGUGGAAGAAUAACCUUCCAAUCAUGGUGGAAGUGAUGUUACUCCCAGAUUGCUGCUACAGUGAUGAUGGGCCCACCACAGAUGGAAUUGAUCUCAAUGAUCCUGCAAUUAAGCAAGAUGCAUUAUUAUUAGAAAGAUGGAUAUUGGAGCCAGUUCCUCGACAGAGUGGUGAUCGAUUUAUUGAAGAGAAGACUCUUCUAUUGGCUGUCCGCUCAUUUGUGUUUUUUUCUCAAUUAAGUGCUUGGCUGAGUGUUUCCCAUGGUGCUAUUCCACGAAAUAUUCUUUACAGAAUCAGUGCUGCUGAUGUAGACCUGCAGUGGAAUUUUUCACAGACCCCGAUUGAACAUGUGUUUCCUGUUCCUAAUGUUUCUCACAAUGUGGCCUUGAAAGUCAGCGUUCAGUCCUUGCCCAGACAAUCUAAUUAUCCAGUUUUGACCUGUAGUAUUCACACUAAUAUUGGCCUUUAUGAGAAAAGAAUUCAAGAACAUGAACUUAAAGUCCAUCAGCACCGCAAUUCUAGUGAAGUAGAACAAUGUAGUACAAAUAGUUCACAGCGUCUGUGUAGCAAACAAUCUUGGACCAUGGCACCUGAAAGCAUAUUGCAUGCAAAAAAUGGCACAACUCCAGAAUAUACUGCAGCUGUCAAAAAUGUCAAACUGUAUCCAGGCACUGGCAGUAAAUCUGACUAUGGAACACGUCAAGCCAAUAUUCUGGGCUUCAGUGGUAGAGGAGAUAAAAAGUCACAUGAAACACCAGUGAGAACUUUAAAAUCAUUUUCAGUGAUUGAUUCCAGGGUCUCUAGCCACCAGAGUUCCUGGCAGUCAGUUGGUGAGACUAAUCCUUUAAUAGGCUCUUUAAUUCAGGAGCGACAAGAAGUUAUUGCAAGAAUUGCUCAGCAUUUGAUUCAUUGUGAUCCAAGCACUUCCCCUGUUUCUGGACAUCCAUUUAAUAUGCAAGAGUCUAGUUCACUUAAUUCCAAACUUUUCCGGGUUUCAAAAGAAAAUGAAAAUGUGAGAAAAUGUAAAGAAACUUUCUCCAUUUCCUUUGGUAGUCCUGAGCUUACCUCCUCAGAAGACACCAGUGAGGGAAAAAUUCAAGUAAAACCAGAUACUCCUCGAAGUGAAACUGGCAGUUCCAAUGGUCUUUAUUCUCGUCAGUCUGUUGGUGAGACAAAUCCUUUGAUUGGCUCUUUACUCCAGGAGCGACAAGAUGUUAUUGCAAGGAUUGCUCAACACUUGGAGCAUAUUGAUCCAACUGCAUCACAUAUACCCCGGCAGUCAUUCAACAUGCAUGACUCCAAUUCGGUUCCUUCGAAAGUAUUUAGGAGUACAUAUGAAGACAACAAUUUGUGGAAGAAAAACAAGGAUGUUACCUCUGUUUCCAUUUCCAAUACAAAAAUUUCCUUGUUAGAAGACAGCAGCGAAGGGGAAAACUUAAUACCCAAUAAAUCAUUUAGUUAUUUUAAAUGUAAUGGUAAAGUCGAAUCCUCUUUGAAACCUCAAAUAAGAAGAAAUCUGUAUCAGGACAAUCCUAGUGAAACCAUCCAAAAUACUUUUCAAGAGACACAGAACAAAGCCACUAGUUUAUUGACUCCCUCAAAUAUGCCUCACUGCAAAAAAAAUAACUUAGAUUUGACAGUCAGAUUGGAAAAUACACUUUCUGAGUGUCAAUUUAAGAAGCAAGAAAUUAGCAAUGAAACUGAUAAAAAGUAUUCAAAUUGCAACAGUAUUGACAAACAGACUUGCACAGAUAAGUAUAAGGAAAAAAGAAUAAAAAAUGAAAAUUCUAAUCCAGAAUAUUUUAAGAAUCAUGAAUUUGAUAACUCCAAAAAAGAUGACUCAAAAAUAAAAGCUACUAUGUUGGAAAUGUCUGAAUAUUUGAACAAACAUGAAAACAAGUGCUCAAAUAAAGACUCAGAAAGGCCUAAGACAUGUGAGCAAAAUACUCAACUUAAUAGUAUAGAAAAUUAUCUCAAUAAAGAUAAUGAAGUUCACAAAUGCAAAAAGCCAGACCUAUUAAAAAUUGAACAGGAUAAGAAAGAAGAGAUAAUUGAUGAAAAAUCUCAAAACUGUUCUCAGAGAAAGAAAGUAAAAGACUGUUUGUCUACAUGUGAACAACUGAAAAAUACAGACGUGUUGGCUAUACCACUGAAACAUUCAAGUGUCUGGCGGAAACAUAAUUUUCAUUCCUUAGAUGGAACCUCAACCAGAGCUUUUCAUCCUCGAACUGGAUUGCCUCUUCUCUCAAGUCCUGUUCCUCAAAGAAAGACACAAUCAGGUUGCUUUGAUUUGGAUUCUUCAUUACUGCAUCUGAAAAGCUUAUCAUCUGGAAGUCAUCGACCGUGUUUAAACACUGAAGAUGAUCCAGAUAUUCAUGAAAAACCAUUUCUGAGUUCUAGUGCUCCACCUAUAACAAGUCUUAGUCUCUUAGGAAAUUUUGAGGAGUCUGUCUUGAACUAUCGUUUAGAUCCUCUUGGCAUUGUUGAUGGUUUUACUGCUGAGGUAGGGGCAAGUGGUAUUUUCUGCCCCACACAUUUGACUCUUCCAGUUGAAGUGUCAUUCUACAGUGUUUCAGAUGAUAAUGCUCCCUCUCCUUAUAUGGGUGUGAUUACUUUAGAGUCCCUUGGUAAAAGGGGUUAUCGAGUACCUCCUUCAGGAACAAUACAAGUGACCUUAUUUAACCCUAAUAAGACUGUGGUGAAGAUGUUUGUUGUGAUAUAUGACUUACGAGAUAUGCCAGCUAAUCAUCAGACAUUCCUACGACAAAGAACUUUUUCUGUACCUGUUAAACAAGAAAUGAAGAGAAGCGUUAAUAAAGAGAACAUCCGACAUACAGAAGAACGGUUAUUGCGCUACCUCAUACAUCUGAGGUUCCAGAGUUCUAAAUCUGGAAAGAUCUACCUCCAUAGAGAUGUACGGCUCCUGUUCUCUAGAAAGUCAAUGGAAGUUGAUAGCGGUGCUGCGUAUGAACUCAAAUCUUACACUGAAUCGCCAACAAACCCUCAGUUUUCACCAAGAUGUUGA